AUGACUGUAUUGAACGAAACCAUUCCUUUAGGAGAAUACAUCUUCUUAAGAUUAUGUCAAGCAAAUCCUAAGAUGAAAUCAAUCUUUGGUGUUCCAGGUGAUUAUAACUUAAAUUUAAUGGAACAUUUAUAUGCUGAUUCUUUAGUUGAACAAGAUGUUAAAUUUGUUGGAAAUUGUAAUGAGUUGAAUGCGGCUUACUGUAGUGAUGGAUAUGCUAGAAUAAUGGAUACUUUUUCAGUGAUGAUUACUACUUUGGGUGUUGGGGAAUUAAGCGCCAUGAAUGGUAUUUCAUCAGCUUUUUCAGAAUAUAGUCCAAUCUUACAUAUUGUAGGAACCAUUCCAAUCUUUAAGGAAAAAUUUAAUGAAAAGGCUGAACAAGAAGGUGGUGAAUUCCAAAACUGGCACCAUUUAGUUCAAAGCAAAGAUCAAUUAAGUAAACCAGACCCUGAUGUGUAUAUGAAAAUGUGUGAACCAAUUUCAGUUGUCAGGGAAAAAUUGGAACUCAACAUGGAAGAAAACUUUGAUAGAAUUGAUAACGUUAUCAAUACUAUCUUACACGAAUCAAGACCUGGAUAUUUAUUCAUUCCUGCUGAUUUACCUGAUAUUAAAGUUUCAAGCGCAAGAUUAACCAAACCGUUCCCAUUUGUCAAAAAUACCAAUGAAGAUAAAUUAGAAGAAUUCUCAAAUUUGAUCUUAUCUAAUUUAUAUGAAAGUAAAAACCCAUCAAUCAUGUCUGAUGAUUUGAUUACUAAAUUCCAUUCAAUGGAUAGCUUCCAAAAAAUCAUUAACAAAGUUCAAAACGACAAAUCAGUUAAAUUGUACUCAUCAAGAAUUGGUAAAAACAUUGAUGAAACAUUAGAUAAUUUCAUUGGAAUUUAUCCAAGCCCAAAUAAGAAAGUAACCGAAAGUUUCCAAAACAGUGAUUGUUUAGUGGUCUUUGGUUAUUCCAAUUUCGAAACUAAUUCUUUAUACAACAAUCCAAAUCACUUUAAAAACAUCAAAACCGUUAUCAAAAUCAAUCCAGAUUUCAUCUCCGUUGGUGAUAAAAUUUUCAGAUUGAAAUCUAAGGGUGAAAGACUUUUUGCUAUGAAUGACUUGAUUAACAAAAUAGCUCAAGAUUUAAAUGUCGAUUUACUCAACAAGCAAGAUAAUUGUUUAGAUUUCAAAUCCUCUCAAGUGGUUUUGGCAGAAGAAAAUGAUACUGAAGAAUCAAGAAUUGGUCAAGAUAAAUUGUUCAAUUUUGUUAACAAUUAUAUCCAAGAAGAUGAUAUCAUCAUGUGUGAAACCUCAUCCUUUUGUUUUGCCUUACCUGAUUUAACUUUCAAAAAGAAUGUCAGAGCUAUAUAUAAUUCAUAUUACGCAUCAAUUGGUUUUGCCUUACCAGCAUGUGUUGGUGUAAGUAUGGCCAUUAAAGAUUUAGGAAGAAAAAACAGAGUCUUACUUUUCGAAGGUGAUGGAUCAGCUCAAAUGACCGUUCAAGAAAUUUCUACUUUUUUGAGAUUCAACUUAACAAUUCCAAAGAUAUUCUUAAUGAAUAACGAAGGUUAUACUAUCGAAAGAGCUAUCAAGGGAGAAACAAGAUCUUACAACGAUAUCCAAUAUUGGAACUGGGAGUUUGCCUUGAAAAUGUUUGGUGAUAUGAACGGCGAAGUAUCCAAAUAUGUCAAAUUAUCUAAUAACAAAGAUUUCGAUAAAUAUUUCAGUAACGAAGUUGAUGUCAAUAAAUUACAAUUGUUCGAAUUGAUGAUGUACAAAACCGAUUAUUCUCAAGGUUUGAAAUUCUUUUUAGGUAAGUAA